UAAAAACAAUUCUAGAGAUCCAUCAACAUGUUUAAUUCUCACCAAACUGGAUAGGCCUCUUACCAGUUUGAGGACGGCCUCACAGGGCGUGAGUGAGGUAGAUUCGAAGAACACCAUCGUCAGCCGUGAGUAUGGAAACGGAAACGAAGUACCUUCAAAACGAACCAGUGUCCUCAGAGCCACGGGUCACAACCAUUACCGUACCACAAAAGAUUCCAGACUGGGAAGACCCUGUUGCGUUUCUUUCUGACAGUGGUAAAGACCACACACAAGAUACGGAAAAUGCAUAUCCUGCAGUAUUAGAAAACAAAUUAUCGAUGCCUCCGUCAGCCAUUCAUCUGGGAGUUGAAGAACAAAGCAUAGAAGACUCAGAUGAAGAUUAUUAUUUUUUUGGUACAGAAGAUACACAGUUUGCUGCCAGGGAAAAGGUAAAGGAACAUGAAACAUUACACGUUUGUUCGAAUAUUGAGGAAGCUACAACCUCCUUAACGGAGGAAAAUCCCGUUCACCUUGGUUCAGUUGAGAGAACCCUAGGUGAUAGUAACGUUAUUGUAGGAGACCAGCAGAAGACAGAGGCGCCCACACAAGGUGAACCUACCAGUUGGCCUGACGAGAACAAGACUGGGGUGGAGGCAACUGCAACAGAUCUCACCCCUUCAGGAAUGGACAAGUCUGAGGAACAAGCCUCUGAAGAUUCAGAUGACGAUUUAUCUUUUGGCACCGAAGACUCUGGGGACAUUUUCUCUGUGCCUCAGUGGUAUAUUGAUGAACAGUUGGCUGCCAGAGAACAAGAUCAAAAUUCACUUGAGGGAUGGGAAAAAACCACCAUGCUGGACAGUGAUGAGCUAGUGAGAAAAUAUGAAACUCAGCAAGCGUUUAGCACCACUGAAAGAGGAUCACAUGAUGCUGCGGAACAACUGGAAGCCAGAGACCACAAACAAUCCAAAAUGAGUGUAUCCUCAAGAAUAAGUGACCCAGGCAAUGUCAACAGUGUUGCUAGGAAACGUAAAAAUCUGACCCGCACACCACAGAACAGCAUGGACCAAGAUUCGUCAGCUAGCCAAAGGAAAAAAUCGUCAAUAUUGGAGAGCAGGGAACUAACAAGAAGAAUAUAUGAGAUUCAGCAUUCAUUACAGUCUUCGGAACAGACAGAAGAUACGAAUUUUAAGCAAAAACAACAAGUUUCACAUGAAAUAAAAACGUCUCGAGCCUCUAGAGUCACUUCGACACCCGAACCAGUUAAAUCCGUGUUGGAGACGACAUUAGAAACCAAAGAAUCCACCCAACUUAGCAUGCAAGAAAACAAGGAUAUCGGUGUGAAUGUCGAGCAGUCAGGUCCAGCCGCUAGCCAGGCCACUAGUGGCAACGCUGGUGAUAACACUGUCCAAGAUAGCAGCUGCGAAUCUGAUUCAGAUGAUGAUAUGCGUGUGGGUCCAAUUAAAGGGAGCCAAUCCCUGGUUAUCCCUGUGUCUCCCAGUAACAAGAAGUCUCCAGCCUCGACCUCUGACAGUGACUCACCCCAGUCCGACUCUGAUGUCCCCACUGACGAAGACGAUAUCGAGGUCCCGUGCAAGACUAAAGCUAAGUACACCAAACCCGCUGGUAGUCGUACCAGCAAACUCCACACUAUACAGGAGCUCUCAGAGGACGAGGAAGAGGGGAUGCCAGUCAGACCUCCAAGAUUCCGUAGACUUUCAAGCGGGAGACUCAAGUUCUUGGAGAGCAUGAGAAGUCCUGAUUCCCCAAGAGCCGAUCAGAGAUUCCCUCCCAGUGGAAAGUCAGAUCUGUAUUUCCAAAACAAGUUUAAAAACGUUAACGGUAAAGAGUUGAACCAGAAAAUGAAGGAAGAAAAUGAAAAUCGCGACCAUUGUACAGACAAGCUGGCAGCCAUGCUGAGACAGUCAUUAUCAUCAGAUAAUGUAUCUUCAUCAUCAGAAGACAAUUAUGAUGAUGAUGAUGAGGUUGACAAUAAGCCAAAAAUUAUAUACGGGCGUCGCUCUUACACAGGUAUUAUGUGCAAGGCAGCAACAAAUAAAGAUUCACCAGUAAAGAAACAAGAAAACCCGAAGACAAAUGAACACGAGGCGAAGGUCGGUUCCACCACUGACAAUACUAAGAAUUUAACAAGUGCAGAACAGUGGGAUUCAAGAGACACUCAGACUCUCCAAACUAGAAGUGAAUCUGGGACGUUAGAGCAGAAAUGCUUCCACGAACUUAAAGCUGGUGAAGUGCCCAGUGUAAACACAGGAGAAAGUAAACAUUUAGAAAGUGUGAAUAUAAAUUACGACAGUACAAUAUGUAUGACUGAGGAAAGCAAAAGUCAAAACAAAAAUGAUAACGAGGAGCACGAGAAUCUUGAUAAAAAUAAGUUGCAGAGACACAGAAAUCCAAAGAGAACUAAGACUGAGAAUGAUAACCACAAAACUGUGAAUGAAAAUAACGAGAAACAUAGAAGUCCAAUCACAUAUGAGAAAGAUAAGCAGAGAAGUUUAAAUGAAGGUAACAGUGAGAGGAACAAAUUUCCAAACAAAAAUCUAAAUGAGAAACACAUUAGAUCCGAGAAAAAUGAAAAUGAGAAACACACUAGUUCUGUGAAAAAGGAGAAUGAGAAAUGCGCAAGAUUCUCCAGAAAUAGGAUCGACAUUUCUGGAACCCCAAACAAACAUACUGAUGAUAAGCAUAACUACCAAAGGCUCCUUGAAGAACCAACAUUGCAAAAGAUGUCAUUUCAGACGAGGACUUCGCUACGCUUCCUGGGAGAUGUCACUCAAGCCUUUUUUCCACCCAUGGAAACUCUUCUCACCCCUAGCUCUUGUGGUCCUGCCACGAGUGGCUCUCCAGCCCACCAGGAAUCAUUGUGUGCUGAUGUUAAUGAUAAAUCCCUGUACCUGAUCACACCUCUGGGCCAGCAGAGUGUGUUGACAGAGAAAGCCUUUGCCCCUCCAAUGGAGAAGCUCUUGGUAUCCGAACCUCAGGCAGCAGUUGGUAAGGCUGAAGAGUGUUUCAUGCCAGGCCAUGAAAUCAAUGGAAAUGUUGAAGCUCUGGGUUCUGACUUCGCUGCAAAAGACAGUAUCUUGCGGCCUCAGGAACGUGAGGUCUGUAAUUAUAUAGAUGUUAAAAAUACUAAAUGGAGUAAUUUGUCUGUUUUAACACCACAGAUAAAUAGUUUUCCAGGUCCUGAGGUUAGCACAUGUAAUACAAUUAGCCAUGAGAAGAUUUCUUUAGCCUUGUCAGCUGAGGAAGCCCCACGAGUGAAGGACAUUCAUUUGUUUAACACCAAAAUGUUCCACGGAAAUGUAAACAAAGGAAAUUGCCAGGGAGAAGAAAAUAUGAACACAAUUGGUGAUGAAAUCAGUGUGGAUACAUUUCUAACUACAGAAAAUACUGAUAAUGUUGAUAUGAUAGAUAAUCACUGUAAAUAUUUAACCCAAAAAGAAAUGAAUACGAUCGAAUUUACAGGGUCGAUCACCAGUGACUCUGAAAUACCCGAAAUUGAUAACAUUGAACACAAAACAAAAUUAGGUAAAAUUCCAGACCUAUUAAGUAGCGAUUAUAUAAUCUGUAAGGACCACAAGGCGACUAUUAAGAGUAAGGAAUUCCUCAGACGAAGGUUCAGAGUGGCGGACUUCAGGAGCAGGCUUGUUCCCUUGGAGUUAUCGAUCCAGAAGAGGCGGUUUCAGCGAAAAGGUGAGAGUAAUAGCAGUGUUAGUGGCGAUGCUUCUGCAGGGCUAACUGUAGAUCUUAACCUGAAUACCAGUAUUGUUGUCCCUCAUUCCCUCAGCACCAACGCUGCUAACCCACUCGCUGGUGCCCACAAAGACUUGCCAGGUGGCACCAGUAAUUUAUUUCAAGAACGUAAGAUGUUUCUUUGGUGUUCCAGGAAUAUACAUGCAGAAGAAAAUCCAAUCCAAAAUAUCUUUCUAAACAAACUGGUGAAAGCUACUGUUAAUGACGUUGAUGUAAUGUGUGACAUUUUCCCAGCCACCAGUGAUACGUUCACUGUGACAGCUAGCAGUGACCCGUUCUCUGUGCCCUGUGAAGUGGUAUCAUGCACAAGUAAUCCCUCCAGUGCAGAAACAAUGCAAACAGGCGCUUACAUCACAGCUAACACGAUGCAUGAGUCGCAAGAGGUGGAGGGAAGCCUUAUUAUUGUGGGUGAAGAUUGGGGACAGUCGCAAGGAGAAGCCAAGAAGCCAGAUGGUGUCAGCUGUCCCACAGUCGUGGCUCAGACACUGUGUGAGGAGUCAUUGGUGAGAACUGGUACUGCAAACACGGCAGAAAAUUCAACCGAGGAUCAGUUCAGCCGAGAAUGUACAAUUAUGAGUUUAGACCAAACGGUUGAAGUAUCAGACGCAUGCCCUAGUACUGGUGGCGUACUACAUGAUGGAGGCCACACUUGGGAUAUGCUGGUGAGCACAGACGCUGCUGGAGAUGACUUUCAUGAGGUGCCAGUUGGCACAGAUACUGCUAGAGACGCCUCUUGUCAGGUGCUGGUGGACGCCGACCCUGUUAAGGACCAGGCACAAGCUAUCUUGGGAGACACCGAUGAAUUGGUGCCUACAUCAACACUUGGAUGUGAAACAGAAAUCACGUGUGACCACUAUGAUGCAUUCUUGACUAAAUUUUAUGCUCAAGGAAAAGAAUGGAGUGAGGACAGCGCAGAUAUCUUUUUUGAUGAAAUAAAUAAAGAGUCAGAAAAUAAAAGAGAAGUGAACGAUACUGAAAUGAGUAGCGCCUGUGUAGAAGAGUCUGGGGAUGUAUAUUUGCCUGCCAGUGAAGAUCAAUUCGAAAUUUCCAGUGAAUCUGUAAAUAAAAACGUAAAUUACGAAGGACCUUUGGAAGCUUUAAGCUCUUCACGUGCACUGGAAGAGGAAACGGAUGUUAAUUCUUGUAGUUCAAGAGAAUUAGAAUCUCCAGAAGCCUUAUAUCACCAUACUUGGUCAUACGCUACACAUGCACAUGAUGUUGAUGCCAGCCAAACAGAGGAUGGUGGAGCAAACAGCAAAUGGCGAAGAUCACCAUCAUCAUCACCAUCAUCAUCACAUUCAUCAUCAUCACAACCGUUCAUGGCAUUCACACAAGAUUCUGAAGAGUCCAUCCCUACCGUCGACCUCUUGGGACUCGAACUAGACAGCCCCAGUAAACAAGAGAGAACUAACGUGGAACAAUUCUUUGAGCUGGAGUCUCCCGAACACAACUUCUACGAUAGUCUUAAUGAGCCUGAGAAGGAGGAAGACGAUGACAAUCAGGAUGGUGAAGACAUCGCUACAUCUAACAUUUUCAGCUACUUCGGUGGAUCCACCGAACCUCUCAUAGAGUCGGACAUUCUUGAGUCCACCCACAGCGGCGGGAGCCAACCUCGGGUGCUGGUGAAGGCGACGCCAGCAUUCACGGAGGAGGAGCUUGCUGAAUGGUACGAAGAAAGCUCAGAAGAAGAGCACACAACCAGUGAGACUAUCACCAACGAACAGCCUCCUACUCAGAUAUUCACCACGUGUAACGGCAUCACAAAACAUACUCAGUUUGUUCAAGAGCUCAGCAUUAUUAAUGAGUCUUCGGAGGAUAGAGAGUCGGGAGACUCACUCUUUAGCUUUGACUCGACACAGAUAUUUGACUCAAAACAUAAACAGACUUUUGACUCAGAAACUAAUCAUUUUUUAACCUCAGAGACUACACACAUGUUUAAUUUAGAGCCUACGCAAGAGUUCAGCUUUGACUCAACACAGAUGUUUACCUCAGAAUCUACACAAAUGUUUGAGUCAGAACCUACGCAAAAUUUGGAUUCGAAACCUACAGAAAAAUUAGACUUAGAACCUAUACAAGAAAAAGACUUAGAACCUACACGAGAAAUAGAACCUACACAAGAAAUAGACUUAGAAUCCACACGAAAAAUAGACUUUGAGCCUACACAAGAAAUAGAACCUACACGAAAAAUAGGCUUUGAGCCUACACAAGAAUUUGACUGUAAAUCUACAGAAAUUCCUGACUCGGAGCUUAUAGAAGCAGAUACAGAUAGACACACUGGGGCAGAAUUGGAAGACAAAACAAUCCAUUUUCCUGAAGCCAAGCAAGGUGGUGAUCCACUUAGUAGCAACGAGACAGUUGAAACAUAUGGUGGUGGCGCCACCGUCCAGCCAGCAUCGUCAGGGAAGGAAGCCAAUCAUCAUCAUGAAGAUGUACAAGGGGAAAAACAGAAAGAAGGCAGCAAAGAAGAAAUUGCUAAAACCACUGAAAUGUAUGAUAAAAGCCCACAAGAAUGGAUCUAUCCAGUGAAGCCACAAGAAAAUGCUGAAGACACAAAUUCUGCCAGGAGUUGUACAGAUGCAGACUCUGUGAAACUAAUAAGAAAUAAAACACGGGGAACGCGUGUGUCUGGCCACUCAUCAUACAGUUCCAGCGUGGAGUGUUUAGAGACCAGAGUAGAGGAGCAACAGGAUGAAGCAUCACCUGGUGAUGAGGAUCUGGUAAGUGAUACGAAGGGAGACCUUUCUGACGAAGUUCUCAACGUCCUUGCAAGGGACCUUGGCGAGUAUGCAGGGAAAAGGGAAAAUGUUAAAAGUGAAGUGCAGGAAAACGACCUGGACAUAUUUACUCCCCAAGAAGUGAAAAUUAACAAUGAAAAUAAGAAGAGUUCUUCAAGUCCUGCUGAAGGAGUGCGAGGUAGUAAUUCUGCAGCGGUGACAGCUAAGGAGGAGCUGUAUGGUACUGUGUCUCCCGAGGGAAGUGAAUCUCACUAUGAUAAAGAAAGUACGCUUUCAGAAAUAUCGUCUGAUAUCUUUGAGAGUGUCUAUGACUUGGGUCUUCCCGUUGACCCAGUUUUAGUGCACAAAUUAAGUGCAUUAGAAUCUGAAGAAUAUAAGUCCCUCGAACAAGAAGGAGAGCAUGUGGAGACCACUCAUGUGUCCACUCACAUUAACCCCAGUGACACGAGUCCACCGGUCGAAGACCUCAAAUGUGACACUGAAAAUCACGACAGUUUGCUGUCUAUGGAGCAUGUCACUGAUGUCUUGGAUGAAUUUCAGCAGGUAUAGGCGAGGAAGGUUCCCAUUUCUUCCUCGUCCGUAGAAGAUUUACGACAUAAUAUCGUUGUCCAAUCUGGUUCUUCAGGUCGUGACAAUGCCACUGGACGUCGCAUAUCUGAAGGUCCAGAAUCUCAUACUGCUGUGGCCAAGCUAACGCAACAUAAGGAUAUUUUCUUUGGGAAUGAGCAAAAUACUGAGUUUUCUAGCCAUUCAGAAUCUUCUCAAGAGGAAAUCACGGCUAGCUCCUCGCACUCUUCCCGCAAGACAAAAGGUAAAGUUUCUCAUCAUUCUCAGCUUCACCAGGAGGAACACUCAGAUUUUUCUAGCUCCUCGCACUCUCUCUUCAAAGAAAAAUGCGAUAUUUCUAAAAAUUUACGGUCUCACGAGGAGGAAAAUACAGAUGUAGCUAUUCCUCCAGACUCUCCCAGCAAGGUAAACUGUGAUGCGUCUUGUCCUCCAGACUCUCCCAGCAAGGUAAACUGUGAUGCGUCUUGUCCUCCAGACUCUCCCAGCAAGGUAAACUGUGAUGCGUCUUGUCCUCCAGACUCUCCCAGCAAGGUAAACUGUGAUGCGUCUUGUCCUCCAGACUCUCCCAGCAAGGUAAACUGUGAUGCGUCUUGUCCUCCAGACUCUCCCAGCAAGGUAAACUGUGACGUGUCUUGUCCUCCAGACUCUCCCAGCAAGGUAAACUGUGAUGCGUCUUGUCCUCCAGACUCUCCCAGCAAGGUAAACUGUGAUGCGUCUUGUCCUCCAGACUCUCAUAUAGAGGAAAACUCUUAUAUUUCUGUCUCUUCACAGUCGCACCGGAAGGAAAAUUCUGAUGUCUCUUGCCAUUUGCACUCUCAGCUGGAGGAUAAAUCUGACUUUUCUUAUUCACAGUCUCGCAGGUCUAACAACAAGAGAUUAUCUAAUGCUUCUAGCUCCUCACAGUCUCACAGUAAGGGAAAAUCUGAUGUUUCUAGCCCCUCACAGUCUCACAGCAAGGGAAAAUCUGACGUUUGUAGCCCUUCACAUACUCACAGUAAGGGAAAAUCUGAUAUUUCAAGUCGUUCAGAGUCUCGCCGUAGCUUAAUGGAAGAGAUACAUGAGUUUAGAAUUUACUCUAGUGGCGACAGCUCCAUCGAUGACAACUGUCAACAGAUAAACUCUCAUUACCAGCGAAGCAGAUCUCAGCCAGUUACACAGACCCCCUUUGAUCUUGUGACUUCCAGGAGACAGUUCCAGGGUCACGUAUUGACUGGAAACGAAGCUGUUGAGGCACGAGUUUCUAGGAGUUCAGGACACGCAGAUGUCAGCAGCCAGUCGAGCGACCUAACAAAAAAUGGCAGCUUAACCAAGGAGGAGGAGAACGUGUUGAAUGUGAGGAAAAUGUUAAUAUGUGAAGAAGCUGGUGUGAUGGACUCUCCCCAGAAGCAAAAAGCUCUCUUACGUCAGGUUGGGAGGAUGAAAGCUAUAAGACCGGGUUUGUUGUCCCACACUGACGAAACUUGGAAUCAGUGCGUCAACAUGGAAGCCAGCCAGGCUAAUGAUAAUCCUCCUCACCAUGACACUGAAGUAGACAACGUUCUAAUCACGAGGAAGAUUUUGCGGCACUCUGAUGCCAACGAUGAGAGUUUUCUAAAGAGCGAAACAUCAACGCAGAAAAGUAAAAAGCAAGAACAAAACCCCCCACAGCUAGAAAUGAUAUUUCCAGGAAAAUAUGGAAAUGACCACAAAAUGGAUUUAUAUACCAAAACUCCGUUGAGUCAAGUACCUGGAAAAUAUGAAACAUGUGCAAGUGUAUCAACUAAGACCUUGACAAUGGACGAAACCACAGUUUCAACUAAGGCGAGUGGUAAUAAGCAGAACUCGGCAGAUCGGAGCUCAAGAGACAAGGAUGAGGAUAACCUCGAGAGCGAUGAAGGUUUUGAACAAGUGCCAAGAUUCGAACGAGUACCAAGUUUCAAGAAUAUAGAGAAAGGCUUGGUAAAGAGUGGGAAGGAACUGUGGGAAAGAAAAUACUCAGAAGUAGCACUUGCGAAGGAUGUGCGGCAUAAGAACACACACAGCAGUAAAUACCGUACAAAUGCUGAGCAAAUGCCGCAAAAGAAAAUGAUAAAAGUAGGAAAGGAUACUUCUGAUUCAAAAGACAAACACGGGCAGAAAAGUAAGAAGGAAAAAAAUAAAUCAGUUGGAGGGAGGGAGGAACCCCACGAGUGCCAGGAGUCCCAGUCAUCCUUGGACGACUGUGCUCCUGUGGAUCGUCGCCCCAGCAUCAAGAUGAUUGCCAAGGGUAUCGUGCAGAAGAGGAAGAGCCAGUGGGAGGGAAAGAUUCCCAUUAUGGAGGAAGGUGAGUUAGAAGUAAGCACACCGUCCAGUGAAGAGGUGUCAAAGGCAGAUGACAUCAUUCAGCACUUCCCUCAAGAUAGUACACGUAAAGGCAGUUCGUGCGAACACAGGCAGCGUAAAGGAACCCCAAAAUUUAAGCCAGCAGUCGGUUACCAGCUGAGUGUAAGAAUAAAAGAUGGAACAGUAGUGGGCACUAAACUUUUGUGGGAGGCGAGGGAAGAAGCCAUGAAACAAGAAAUAGAAGCUGAGUGGGCUCGUAUACACGCUGCCAGACACGCUGAUGAGACACAAGUCCGCAGUGAUAGACAUCAGGUGGAAGGAAUUUCGCAGAGUGACUCCCUAGAGAGCUCAGUCGACGAAGAACCACUGGAGGUCGAGCCUUCUCAGUCAUCUGAACGGGUACAUACCAGGGAAGUAGUUCGAUACGACGAGCCUCUUACUGAGCCUUGCAUUGAGGAGGGUCUGGUGAGCACUACACGGCAGGUAUGGCUCAGUUUAGCGUCGUCUGAAUGUAUGAAGACUGAACGGAUCUUAAAGAGCAAGGUGAGAGCACAGAAAAACAAAAAGGGACCUAAACUUCGUGAGUCAAAGAAAGAUUCGUCCGGUAAACUUUCGGUUAGUAGACAGCCAAGUUUCACAAUUCCUGAAGGUGCUGUCUUGGAGGAGAAGAAGAGAUGGGAGUCAACAAAGAUACAGUUACAAAACGAUCACGAAGACUAUACGGAGUGGAAAAAAUCGAAACUUCCCUUGAGGAAUAUCCACAUAGCUGCAGCAUCAUUUUUACCCCGUGAACAGAGCCCUACAGCCCUUACUUCCGAAGAGAAAGACAUAUCUCAAGAGACUGAUGGCUUACAAAAUGAAGAAAACAACAAAAAUGUAACUGAACGAAUACCUAGCAUCGAGGAAAUCCAAAAGGGAACGGUGUUGGCAGGAAAGAAAAUGUGGGAAGACGGAGACUCGAAUUUGAAAAGUAUAGCAAGUUUCAGUUGCAAUGUAUCACAUGUCAAAGCAAUUAAAGAACAAGUAAGAGAAGACAAAUCUGAAGACGCCGAGACUGUCGAGAGGAUUUCUAGCCUUGAAAUGAUCGAGAAGGGAAAAGUAAAGUGUGGGAGAGACUUGUGGGAAUGGAAACAGGCACAAGACACCCGUUUCAAAAUAAAACAUCCCGUUGAUGUUGCCAAUGUUGGGAAGACUCUGUAUAAAAGAGAGAUUGCCAAACUGCUGCCUUCACCAGUUUCUGUUUGUAGUGUUCCAGCUUUUGUUCCUCACCACAUGGAACACCUACAAAAGUCUGGGAAUCAGCCUAGCGUGAAAGUCCAAGACAGAUACGCUGUAGAUGUUACCAAGAACCUGAGGGAGGUGAGGCAGCAACAGGUGGGUAGUGAGAAGCUAUCUGGUACCUGCACCACGAACGACCAGUCGCGCAAUGAGCUGCGCGACACAAAUGAACCCGUGCACUCUGAUCAGGACGAGGAUGAAGUGAACUUCUCAGGUUCACUCUUCACCAGAAGUUCAAGCUGUAAAACUCAGGAAGGAAUGACCAGAAAAGAAAAGAAAAAAUGGGAAGAAAUGAAAAGUUCCGAAGAUGAAUACAAGCAGCGGAUGAAAACAAAUGAUUACAGAUGUAUUAAGAGUCAGAUGAUGUUGGCAGAUGAGGCAGUUGCCCCAUCCAGAAGUGAUCCCACUCGGGAUGAAGCAAGAACUAUACUCGCAGACUGUAGAAACAACGAAUUAGGUGACACUGCGUCUGCUGCUUUUCAGCCUGAGAGUAUCGUAAGUGUGUCGAGGAGAGAAAGGGAGAAGAGAGAGCAUCGGGAUCUAGCGGCGAUCCACCGGAUAUCACACACGAGCAGCACAGAUAAAGAGUGUGAGAAUGGGGAUGAUGAGGAUCUCUCAGUGACACAGGAGGUUAUCCUUGAGAAGUUAAAACUUCGUGAGCUGCAGUUUUGUUCGAUAGAUGCAGUGUAUGGCAGUGAAACGCCCAGCCUCCCUGAAUCUUUUGUCUCUGAGGACGAAGCUUCAGAAGAACCUAAUAAGCUGAGAACUAGCAGCUUCUCGAUCUGUGAAGGCACUGUGCAGCUGGGUCGAAAAGUAUGGGAGGAGAAUACAUCGACUUCUGAGAACAUCUUGCAGUUUGAGUUAAAUCAUAAACUUACUUUUUCCUCUGAUGAUAUAAAAGUUGCAGAAGUAGAAAUGCUGGACAGAGAAGGAAAAAGUAGCCCAGAUAAAGAACUUGGCAAAAUAGUUGGUGGUGAUGAGGAACUUACUGCCAUGUUAAACAACAGGAGGAAGGGAAAUGGGGAUACAGAAAUAGAGGAAACUGCUAGUCCUGAAACUUUCACGAGGACUUCGAACGUUGAGAUCGAGUCUGGGAGGAUGAGCAACACUCAACACCAGCGACACCAGGCAUACUUCCAAGCUAAAAACAAGUCCGACCCAACAGAGGCCAUCAAAUAUUACCAAGAAAAAUCAACUGAAGAUUGUGUAGCUACAGGAGACAAAGCCAGGAUUACGAAUGCAUUUGCUGAGCUCCAAAGCUCAGAAAUUAAUUGCACUCUUAACUAUAACAAAAAAGCUUUUCACAACACUAUGCUUUCGGUAAACAAGUCUGAUUGUGAUGGGAGUCUCCCUGAAGCUAGAGACUCCAUGCUUACAGAUUUUUUUGUUAUGGCAAAGUCAAGACAAGAGAAAAAUAAUAAUGAAAGUAAAGGAAGGGGUAAUGAGGAAGAGGAAAUUGUAAAAUGCUACAGUGAAUUCCCGCUAAAAGCUAGUGAGAUAGCUUCAGAUGCUAUCAGUUCUUCAUCUGGAAUACUUGAUGAAUUUCCCAAAGAGACAUCACCUGAUGAAGGUCAUAUUUUAUCAUAUAAUAAAGUACCAGAAAUGUCAUCAACUAGUAAAAUUUCUGAGAAACCAUCAGGUGCUGAUGCUCCUGAUAUGUUUUCCCUGAAUUGUACGAAAAAGCCCCUGAAGUCAUCUUUCCCAAAAAAUCCUAAAUUUGCCUCCUCUCAGAGGAGGCAUGAAAGCUUCGAAGUGUGGGUCGAUGCCUCUGAAGAGUUCGACCUUAAGUUUCCUGAUGUUCCAGGUCGUUACGUGGCUGGAUCGAUCACAGCCUCGACUACCUGCCUGCCGUCGACCACCCUAGUGGCACAAAAAAAGGACUACUGGGAUAGUGUCGUCAGCAAGCAGGAAAACGCGGAGGUGAUGAUAAAGAACACAUCUCUGGCAGAAUCAACGAUGAGUAACGAGAAUCGAGAGAGGUGGGAGAGCCCUUUAAUCAGUGAAGAACAAAGUGAUGGAGUACCACAUAGGAAGUCAGAAGAGGCUUUACUGUUGCUCGAGUCGUCACACCCGCCGCCGUCUAGAAAGGCCGACGCUCACUACGAGCCAAAAAGAUCCACUACCUCCAACAGUGCACCUUCUAAGGACAUGGUCUCUCAGAAGAAAAUAUUUUGGGAUCAGCUAUUGCUAAAGAAUGAAGCAAGAGAAACGGUUAAGAGAAACAAAAGUCAUACUCGCUCAAAGAGCACCUCUGGAGCUUUCUGGAAGCCUGAAAAGAAAGACAAAGAAUUUAGAGACAGUACCGUAGAUUCCAACCCUAAGUCGUCACAAUCCAUUGUCUUAAUCAAAGGUUUCAAUGCCGAGGCUGAGAUGAAUGUUCCAAGUUUUGGGCAGGACGAGCCCUUAAAGAAUUUGGUGUCGCAAAAGAAAUGUUUCUGGGAUGACUUCAUUAUCCAGAAACAACAGGAGCUAAAAGUGAACAAAAUGAGUGGAAUGCAAAACACUGUGUUUCAUAGACGACCCAUGGCUGAGGAAGGAAAGGACACAUUUGUCGGGAAGGAGGAGAUCCUAGCAAAUGAAUCUUACCCGGAAAUUGUGGAAACGAAAACUCCUCUAGGGCGCAAGCUAAGCAUCAAGAUAAAGAAAGGAACUGUGAAAAUCACUCAGCAGAGGUUUGACUUGCAGCAACAGGAAGACGGCUAUGCUAACUGGAAGAAAACCAAAGCUCAGAAGCGAAGAAAAUCUGAUUCUCAAAGUAAGGAUUUCACCGAAGAAUCUAGUAAUGAGCUUGAUGGCCGUCCUGCUGAUGCUUCUCACAAUGGAACCAGCAGAAGACACGAAGCUAAUAGAGACACGGAGGACACUAAAUCUGUAGCGCAAGCUACAAGGUCUUUUGGAUAUGUUAAAAAAUCUAAAGUGCUUAAGAAAUGCCAGUCUUCUUCCGAGAGACAUAUAGGUGGAGACUCAACUGAAGAGGAAGCAUAUACUCCUAAAAGAGUUCGCAGGAAGAUAAGCGUGAAGAUCCAGAGAGGGUUGGUACAAAAGUGCAAGACUAGGUGGGAAGCGACGCCAAUGAAGACCGGAUACUGGACGUGGAAACGACAACGCACGGCAUCAACAUCACCAAUCCAUCGCAAAUUUCCUAACUCUUCAAGCACAGUUAAAUUUCCCAGUCGGUGGCAGGGAACAUCAUCAUCACAUGGAAAAGAUAUAGGGCUAUUGGUGCCUAAGAAAGACCUGCUGGAGUACUCGAGGUAUCAAGUGCCAUCUCCCCAUAUGGAACCUAAUCGCUCCAUCACUCCCGACGAAACACAACAGUACCUCAGCGGGAUUAAGGGCAAAGUGGCUCAGCAAAGGAAGAGGUUUGACAGUCUGGGGAGCGUCAUAAGUACAGAGAGCGUCGACAGUCAGGACAGUGUGGACUGCAAAUCAGAGUCUGGUGACGAUCACACGCCGGUAAUUUUAGAUGAUGAAUACAUUAGUUCUGUCGUCGGGAAAGUGAGUCGGCAGAGGAGUAUGUGGGAAGCUAAAGUUCAUAAAACAAAAGAGGAAGAAACUGAACAAAGAUCAAUAUUACAAGGAAGUGCUAAAAAGUCCACAGGAAAAAACUCCCCCGAUGUUUUCCUAGAUGUCGGCUCAGGAGAAAAUAAACUGAACUGCCUUUCUCCUGUAGAAGUAGGAGCUUCGCGAGUCUCAGAUACCCUACUGUACAUCCUCCAUAACACAGUCGAAGGGGACUUACUCCUUCAGACAUACAACGACCGCUGCAGGAGCCUUGAGGAUGCUGCAGCAGCUUCGAGUGAGGUCGACACCAAGUUGGGUACUGCAGAAGAUCAAGUGUGUUCGGAGUGUGAGGUGUCGGGUGAGGACCAACAACUUACUAGAGGCAGUAAUACCAAGAACAAGCCCCAUCUCAGCCUGAAGGGAACCCAGAGCCUCGACACCAGCUGGUCUUCCCCAGAGAGUGAAGCACAUAACGUUUAUGCAGUACAGUUGGAUAAAAGACACCCACAAGAAGUCAUUGCCAGGGACGCUGAGACUAGUUCGCCGCGUCGAAGUCUCUCUCAGCUGCAGUCCGAAUCUUCCCUAGGAAGUCUUCAGACGUUACCACCACCUCAGAGUGAAGUAGAGGAAAACAGGAGAAACUUGAGCGUAUCAGAGGUCAACGAACCCCGUUGGAGCUGCGACUAUAUUGAAUACCAGCGUAGCUUUGCCUCAGCGCGUCACUUGUUUGAGAGGGGAAUGAAGGAGAGCGGAUUAGUAGCCACAGGAAGCUCCAGUCAGAAUGUUGAUUGUAACCUCAAGCACAGAAGGGACAAUAACACAAGCUAUGUAGCGAGUUUCCCUACCAAACUGGAACACAUCGUGAAGUACAGUGAUGAGAGUACAAGGUCUUCCUCUCGUAAACAUUCUGAGUCGUCUUUAAGCUCGUCUCCUCUGAAAGAAGCACAACCGCCACAACAAGAAGAGCUCUGUAAUGGAGUCGAUAAAAUGUUACCGGAGGUGAACAUGGCAGAUCAUGGCUGCCAAACAGAUAAAGAGCUGGGAUCCUUUGUAUCUCCUCACACACAACGUGUAUUUGGUCAACAAGGGCUGCCAAAGCAGUCUUGAAAGAGUAAAUACCAAAACAAAGAUGGAACUGCAUUUCCCCGUGAUAAGGAAAUCCAGGUAUAUCAAGAAGAUUUUGUGAGCCCUUUAAAACGAAGAGUAUCGCGGAGAUCCCGACAGUACGACCUUCUGGAAAUGCCCAAGCUAAAACGUCGCAUAUUUAGACGUCGACGCGGGUCUCAGGUCUCGACUAGGGAACGAUCAGUGUCUGAUGCUCAGCUCUUCCUGAAGGAGGUGUUCCCGCCUCACUCUGGGACACUUUAUGAGUUGAAUAGAGACCAGGGAUGGUCCGAGGACUCUGGGGAUAAUACGAUAAAUUCCAGGAAGUUUGGGAUAGCCAAUUCCUCAUCCCUUGUGGCUUGCCUUAAGGACCUGGCUAGCGAUUUGCCAUCGGUGUACCCUGAGGGACAACUGGAUCCCUUGGUCCACGAUGACUUUGCAGACCUCGACCCUGACGACUUCCAGCACUUCCCCCAAGAUGAGGUGAUCCAAACGCUGAGUGGGUGUUACAGAGGAGAGUUCCCUCACGUGCCAGUGAGUGGAGCGAGUGGGACCACCUCCAGGGUGGUCAGGAAGGAUCUGGGAGACCUCAUCUCCCUGAAGGAACUCCGUCGCUCCAGCCUCCCGGAGAUCCUCUCUCUCCUACCCACCAGUGAGUCUCCGUCUCCCGAAUUUGAGUCUCCUGUUGAUAUCUCCCACACUUCCUGUCACCAGACUUCCUCAGACACCACAGCUCUGCUGCCACACCCGCAGACUAUUAUCACUGAAGACAGUGUGUACGCCAAGCACAGCAGCUGUGAAAGUGCUGUGCUCUCCUCAGAUAGUGCCAAUUUCUCGCUGGAAGGUGUAGUGUCGACUGAUACCAGUGGUAAAGGCGACAUUCAAACACAUUCACAGGAUGCUGUAGAAUGUUCCCAGUCAAAAUCUGAUAGAGUGUUGACAGACGUAUCUACAGUGGUGGAAGAGGCGAAUAUUGACCUAAGUUCGGAGGACGAGAAAGAAGAGGAGGAGGAAAUUCAGGUGGAUGAUAAGGAUUACGAAGGAGAUAGGGAAGAAGAGGCAGAAGACAAAGAAGAGAAGACAAGAGGAGGCCAGGGGGAAGACAGAUGUGGUUGUCGCGCAUACGGUGAUGGUCUGGCCUGGGGCACCAUACUAGACACCAACAGUUUCAUUAUAGACACCGUGGCAGCUGACCAGGGAGAGGUGAGGGUGAGUGUGGAAGGGACAAGUGAAGGUUUAGUCUCCGGCACCGAGGUCUACCCUGUGGAAGAUUCCCCCGGGGUCUACCAGGUGCUAUACAGGGUCACAACACCUGGUCACUAUCAGGUGGUCAUCACCUGGGAUGGACAACACAUCCCUGGUAGCCCCUUCACCUGUGUCGUGGGGUGAUAGGCUCCGUCACCUGUGUCGUGGGGUGAUAGACUCCUGUGCUGAGGGAUAGGCCACCGCUCAUUUGUAUUUGAUUGAUAAGCCGCUGUACAGGUGUGUUUGCGUGAGGAGCUGCUACACCUAUGUGAGUGAUAACAGCUGCUACACCUGUCUAUGCGAGUGGUAACAGCUGCUGCACCUGUCUGAGUGAUAACAGAUGCUACACCUGUCUGUGUGAGAGAUAACAGCUGCUGCACCUGUCUAUGCGAGUGGUAACAGCUGCUGCACCUGUCUGAGUGAUAACAGAUGCUACACCUGUCUGUGUGAGAGAUAACAGCUGCUGCACCUGUCUAUGCGAGUGGUAACAGCUGUUGCACCUGUCUGUGUGAGUGACAACAGGUGCUGCACCUAUGUGAGAGAUAACAGCUUCUGCAUUUAUGUGAGAUAACAGCUGCUACACCUGUCUAUGUGAGUGACAACAGCUGUUACACCUGUCUGUGUGAGAGAUAACAGCUGCUACACCUGUCUAUGUGAGAGAACAGCUUCUGCACCUGUCUAUGUGAAAGAUAACAGCUGCUACACCUGUAUGUGAGUGACAACAGCUGCUACACCUGUCUUGGGUAUUGUUUAACAAAACAGGUGUCUUUCCAACUGUUCAGAAUCUGUUGUCAUCGUUCUAUUUACGAGGAAGCGCUAAACCCACAGGGGGUUAUACAGUGCCCAGGGAAGGGGAGGUAAUCAGGCUUGAUGCAAGGAAGAAAAUGAUUGCUCCUGUACCUUGGAUCGAGCGAUUCACCUGCAUCAAGACACGCUCCUUUCUGUCUUCCACUUCGCAUGUUGUCUCGUAUCUUCUACGUUGUGGAUAUGUCUCCUCUGAAUCUUCAUUCCCGUGUGAUCCGGGGAAUUAGAGCUGCCCUCCCCUUCCUAGGAUCAAGCCUGAUUACCCUCCUUAUGAAUAAUAAUGAUACUAUAUUACUGUUAUUAUCAUUUUUAUUAUUAUUAUUAUUAUUAUUAUUAUAUUAAAGUGCAAAACAAAAUAAUAUUUCUGGGAUAUGGUAAUGGGUUGUAUAGUAAUGUUAGGGAGCGCUAAACCCGCAGAGGUAUACGAGGCUAUCAGGUUCGAUCCAUGGAAGGGGAAGGAGAGGUACAGUUCCUUGGAUCAAGAGCCCCUCGGCACCACUAAGACAUCUCCAGGGGAUGCAGUGGGUUAUACAGUUGAAAUGUAUUAAAUUUAUAUGAGAUACAA